UAAUACGCGGAAAUUAUCGUCCAAUUAAGAGUGCAACAUCAGUCUGCCGUAAAAUCAGAAAACACAUAUAUAAGCUGUAUCUAUAGUCGAUGCUUCUCGCACCGCUUAUGUCAUUCAUCGGCGUCUAGGAAAAGUUCCUACUAUUCACCGGGCUGCGGAAUAAAAACAGGAAAUCCAACUGACUUGCACUUGCAGACGAUCCGUCUCUAAACAUAGACUCCCCGUGUACGUUUCAUAUGUGUCAGCGAAAGACGAGCUGCGAGCCAUUGUUUCUAUUCUUGCCGAAGCCUCGCUUUUUUUUGCAAGCCUUUGGCUUUUCGCGAAAGAGCGCUGAUCGCUUGGUAAGCGGAUUUUUGCCGUUGCUUAUUUAUACACCCACUUCGAGCUGAUUCAGAAGCGCAAAUAUGCUUUACCGAUCUCUCAUAAUUCUUCGAUUCUACAUCUAUAUCUUUUUUCGAGCGCAGAGAAAUAAACACUGUUGGUAAACAAAAGCGCCCGUGAUCGGGCAUCUCGCGUUUCGUAAACAAAUAAAACAGCAUCGGUAUAGUCUUGCAACUUCCGGGCAAAUAGAACAAGGAUAUCAGCGUUAGCAGAAGACGCGAGCACCUUUCCCCACUAUUAAAUCCGAGCAAUGUGUCUCGAGGCGUCCCCGAUUGGCCCAUACGAGCGUUAGGCAAGCCUUAUCAGCGGCGGCGAGAGCGAGCAAGGCGAGCGACGCGAGCGCUUGCUCGCGAUUCUAAAUAUAAGAUCGGCGAGUGCCGGUGGCUAUCGAGCAGUAAGCGAUUGACUUUCGCGACGACAGCACGCAUGUCUCUGUCAAACGAUCUGACUACGCUAAUCCGUGGUGACGUGCCACACGUAAGAUUUUCCAAGGAGUUCCCUUGAACCUGGACCGAAGUCGUUGUUCCAAGAGAUCUAUAUAUUUUUUUUAAUCUACUUCGGAGCAACGGUCGUUGAGCAUUUUUUAUACACACGGAGUAUCCACCGUCGGGAAAACGGAGUUAGGAGAAUUUAUAAGCAACCAUGUGCCACAUCGAAGCAACACAAGAAAAAGCCGUGAGGGCACCAGCCGGAGUUUCCAAGCCGCCUCGCAAGUUCGCGGGGGUCGUGAUUAUUACCACCGGAUUACCAGCCCGAGGCAAGAGCCAACUCGCUCACAGCCUCGCACGACGACUCAACUGGAACGGCGAGUCCGCUAAGGUGAUGCGAGUGAGUGACUACCGGAGGAAGAGGCUCGAGCCGUACGCGUCCCACGAGCUUUUCCGACCGGACCACGAGGCCAAUGUCGCCCUUCGAGCUCUCGCCCAGAGGGACGCGAUGCAAGACUGCGCGACCUGGCUCGCUUCCGGAAAUACUGUCGCUAUCCUGGAUGCGACCGUGGUGACACGCGAGCAGCGCACCGAGGUCCACGACUACUUCUCGGCCCAGCUGGGCUACCGCGUCCUCUUCGUCGAGUGCGUCUGCGAGGACGGCAAGACCCUCGAGUCCAAUUAUCGUGAGAUCCUCCGACACAGUCUCGAUUACGCCGGUAUGGACGCGGCCAAGGCAGCCGAGGAUCUGCGACUCAAGAUAGCCCACUAUCAGAAGACUCACCAGCCGAUGGACGAGGCCGAGGGUUACCCUUGCAUCAGGGUUAACACCGCCACCAUGGAGAUCAGAGCUUGCAAGGUGAACGGACACGUGGAGACCAGUGUGCUCGGGUACUUGGCUAGUGUCUCACUCAAGCCGCAUACGCUCUAUUUCUCGAGGCACGGCGAGAGCGAGUUCAACGUUCUGGGAAAAAUCGGCGGCGACGCCGUACUAAGUGCUCGCGGCGAGCGUUACGCCCAGGCUUUAGCCGCGAAGAUCAACUCGAUGCACAUCCCGGAGCUUCGGGUACUGACCAGCCGUCUACGACGAACCAUCGCGACGGCUCGUGGCAUCGAAGCAGCUCAAGAACACGUCGCUGCUCUCAAUGAACUCUACGCCGGAGUCUGCGAGGGUCUCUCCUACGAGGAGAUGCAGGAACAGUAUCCCCAGGAAUUCGCUUGGCGCGACCAGGACAAACUGCGCUACCGCUACCCUUGGGGUGAGAGCUACGUGGACACGAUGAAGCGAGUCGAGCCUGUGAUCGUCGACCUCCAACAGGCGCACAACGUUCUCGUGGUCUCUCAUCAGGCCAUCCUUCGCUGCAUAAUCGGCUACUUCCUCGACAAGACACCCGAGGAGUUGCCGUACAUGGAGGUGCCGCUGCACACGAUCAUACGCAUCAGCAGCCAAGGCUUUAACUACAAGCUCGAGUUCAUCAAGCUCGGCAUCGAGUGCGUCAACACGACUCGUCUGAAGCCUCAGAAUUGCAGCGCCAGCCGUACCGCCGACGACGCUCUCAUCACUGUACCGGCUCACUAUGACAUUCCUGACCCCUGGAGGAAUCCCGGUACCGGGCCGACCCUCGUGCAGCAACACUGAGUGCCAACGGAGGGGACACACGCGCAUGGCUCCUCCGAAAAAUGCAAGCAGGUCUGAUGUAUACAUAUAUCGUGAUGCAGGCAUCGAUGUGUCCCUUCCGUUCUCGCCGAUAUAUAUACUAUAUGAUUAUUAUACAACAUAUACUUUGACGGCCCUUCGCGCGUCCUACAUUAUCUUUAUUAUUAUUAUAGUACAUCUUAUUCGAUUUUCUUUUUCAUUUAGUACGUAUCCUCGGUUCUCUUAUUCUCUCGGCCCGAUUUUGAUUUUUUCCUUUUUGGUUGACUGAGUUUUUUCUUUCGAUGAACAGUUGUAUGUCACACACGGAUCGUUUGGCUAAUUGUGAUUUUUGUCUGAUGAAGUGUCACACCUCGCGAGGUUGAGAUUAUUAAGACGGCGUCAUCAGUCUGAUGGCGUAAUGUGUGCACUCAGCUUUAAACGAAAAUAACUUCUUUACGACCGUUAAAUGAGAAGUCGCGCGUUCUGCUUAUCAGAUUUUAUUUUCCUUCUCAUAAAUUGCCUUUUAAUUGUAUACAUGAAUUUUUAAUUGUACGUACAUGAAUCUUUUGAUCGAUUACUGAUGUCGAUCAUUCUCGCGUCAUUUGCAUGCAAAUGACGACGAAAAAUCUUGGUGCAAAACUGUUGUGAAAAAGACAAACUCAGAUUAAAAUUGUUGGAAUAUAUUAACUUGAAAGAUAUUUUACAGGAUGAAAUUUUAUCGUCGUUUAUCAUUAUUGACAAACAAAAAGAGCGCAGAGAAUAUGAGAAAAUAAUACUAUAUUAUAGUUACGAUAAUUAUUGACCCGUUUUGGCGUCAAUUAUAUACGGCUUUGUCGCCUAAGCCUUUUUAAGGUAUUCAGUAUAUGAAAAGAAAAAAAAUUAUAAAUAUAUACAUAGAUUUAGGACUGUUAUAGUGGCUUAUCUUAUCUUUUAAGACAAUUAUCACUUUAACGAAUGUCUAAUCGUUGUAGACUCCGGCAGAUUACAAUUCAACAACAAUAAAUUAUUUUUAAUAAUAUUGAACCGGAGAGAAAAAAACGCCUGAAAAAAAAAAGAUCAAGAGAUGAGCGUCUGGGCAAUCACCUACUCGAGGGUCAGUUCGCAACAAUGUCUCUGUGGCGUUGAUAAGAUUCGAAGCCUUAAAUUGAUAGUAUUGAAGAUUAGAUUGUUGCAUCCGUUCUUGGACUAUGGCUUUUUGAAGUUGAAAAAAAUGAAUAUAGAUUUAUUGUUUUUGAGAUAAAGUUGCUAAAUAAGCACGUAUUGUUGAUUCUCGGAUUAAGUAUGUUGGAUGGUGAUCGCCCAAACGAAAGGAAUUAAUUGUGCAGAUCAACGAUAUAUUUUUAGAGACAUAUUGCGUAGGUAUAACGAUAAACAAUUAAUGUAUUACUCAUUUCGGAGAAAUAUGCAUUUUCCCAAACAGUUUGACAUUUGAAUCAUUUAACUAAGAGACGCGAGUCACUGUACUCUUAACUACCGUUAAUGAACUAAUUGUUAACUUAGAUACGUCGUUUAAUAUAAUUAUAGGAUUGAUGAUUUAUGUAAGUCAGAAAUUGGCAUCAUUACAAGCAAUAACCAUUUGAGGUAAACUUAUAUUUUAUAUCUUAGCAAUAUAAAAAAUGAUGAACUAUUUUAGUCUUAAUGCGGAUUUAAUUAGCUUCGCCAAGUGCAGCGACAAGUCGAUAGAAGCCAAUAUUUUAGUGAGACAAAUGUAGUAAUGCCAAUUUUUGUUUUAUAAAUUUGAAAAGAGCAUAAACACGCAUAAUAAUUGAUCAUAGGCAAAUCGCCUUCGCGAGCUUUAUACAGCCGAACGUUUGCAAAAUUUAUCAGAUAGCAGUGUACUUGUCAAACGAAUGAAUGAAUAGACUGAAUGCUUUCAUGAUUAUUACGUAGUUCUUAAGAUAUAGUUGUAUGUAUUUUUUAAGUUAUAUAUAUAUAUAGAUCAACUCCUUCGGGAUUGUUAUUUUUAAACUGUCUAUGUUAAUCUCUAUUAGCUAAUACUUUAUUAUGAGAUGGUAUUUUACGGCGAAUCUUACACUCGCAACAAUUAUAUUGUAUUUUAAGAAGAGCACAAGCCCGGAUGCGAAAAUCAAUUGAUCAUAAUGACUGACGACUUUGAGAUUCUAUGUGCCAAGGAGUGAAUGUUUGAAAAAAAUGGCUGUUACGUAGUGCUUAAAAGAUGUCAUGAUUUAGUAAUGUAAGCUACAUGAUUUUUUUAUUGUAAAAUUAUGAAUAAACAUUUUUUACACAAAUUA